AUGUCUUCCUUCGCUGGUGUUCUGCACAAAUACAACUUCAACAAAGUGGCCUUCGAGUUCACCCCCUCGGCGCUCCCCAAUGUGCUCAUUGUUGUCGGUGGGAUGACCGAUGGACUACUCACCGUCCCGUACGUAGCAAAAUUGCCCGAGGUGAUGGAGCCCCUGGGCUAUUCUGUAAUCAAUUCUCAGCUGACUAGUAGCUUCAACGGCUGGGGGGUUGCUUCGCUAAGAACCGAUGUCGAAGAGAUGAAGGAGCUCGUGGACUAUCUAAGAUCCGAGGAAGGUGGUAGUAGGAAGAAGAUUGUCAUUAUGGGUCACUCCACAGGUUCCCAGGAUGUGAUCCACUAUCUGCUCACUUAUGGAGAUUCUGUACAAGGUGGGAUUCUCCAGGCCUCUGUCUCAGACAGAGAGGCCUUUGGUACGGAAGUCCCCAAGAAGACUCUAAAAGAUCUGACAGCGCGGGCCAAGAAACUGUGCGAGGCCGGUUCCAGUUCCCAAUUACUGCCUGCCGAAUACUCAAAGUAUGUAUUCGGCACGCCAAUUACAGCGUACAGAUGGUGUUCACUGUUCGCAUUGGGGGGCGACGAUGACUACUUCUCGAGCGACUUGAGCAUUGAGCAGAUCAAGCAAACUUUUGGUCGCAUCGACAAGCCUUUCCUCAUUGCUUACUCGGAGUUGGACGAGUUUGUGCCAGCUCCAGUAGACAAGGCUGGCCUGAUACGUACUCGGCAAAGCCAGAGCAACCCACAGGUCUGGUCUAAGGCUUCUGGAUUGAUCAAGGGAGCUGGGCACAACGUUGCGCAACACUCGUCCCAGCUGUACCUGUUCGAUAUGAUCUCACAAUUCUUCCACGAAUUUAAUCUGUAA